CAAUUACUACAUAAAAACUUGUAUUUUCCUUGUUAAGAGACGAAAAAAGUGGUAUUUAAUUUAACGCUAAACUCUAACGAGUGUAAUUAAAUUUUUUUAUUAUUUAAUAAUUAUGCUACGUAAUUAAAAAAUCUGCUGAAAAAUAAUAGCAAAAUAACUAUUGAAUAAUUAAAAAAAUUUAAAAGAAAAAACUGCGCAGUUUGUGUGUGUGGCAAAUAGAAGAAAAAUAAAAAAGAAGUACGACAUAAACGAAAAAAAAAGAAACGAAAAAAGUAGAAAAUUUAACUGCAUAAAGGCGAAAAAAUUAUUACGUUUUGAAAGAUAUUUUUUUGUUGGUGUUUUCUUUAUAUUUUUGGUUAAUUGAUUGUGCUGGUCGAGAGAGAUUAAAUUGAAAUAUGGCUACACGUAAGAAGUCGCUGUUGAAAAUCAUCAUUUUGGGCGACAGCAGUGUUGGAAAGACCUCAUUGAUGAAUCAAUAUGUAAGCAAACGUUUCUCAAAUCAAUAUAAGGCCACGAUUGGUGCUGAUUUCUGUACAAAAGAGGUGGUGGUCGAUGAUCGUGUUGUCACAUUGCAAAUCUGGGAUACUGCGGGUCAAGAGCGUUUCCAAUCGUUGGGCGUUGCUUUCUAUCGUGGGGCCGACUGUUGUGUCUUGGUCUAUGACGUCACAUCGCCCAACUCAUUUAAGAAUCUAGACUCAUGGCGCGAUGAGUUCCUAAUACAGGCAAGUCCCCGAGAUCCCGAACAUUUUCCUUUCGUUGUGCUGGGCAACAAGGUGGACAUGGACAAUAGGCAGGUGUCGACACGACGCGCCCAACAAUGGUGUCAAUCGAAAAAUGACAUACCCUACUUCGAGACAUCGGCCAAAGAGGGCAUUAACGUGGAAUUGGCCUUUCAGACUAUCGCCAAAAAUGCAUUGGCCCAAGAAGCCGAAGUUGAGCUGUACAAUGAAUUUCCCGAUCAAAUUCGUUUGAAUGCUGAUCGAAACAAUCGUCCCGGAAAUGCUGAUAACUGUCAAUGCUAAUUUAAGCUCUACUCUCUUCUACAUACAUUUACAUACGACAAGUGUAUUUAUGAUGCUGGUUGCUGGCUGGUUGGUGGUUAUCGGCCUCCCUUUUUUUUUAAUUACAUACAUAUUAUAAUUUUGCCCAUACUUUUCGUGUCCGGUAAAUGUUAUAUUGUUGUCUUGUUUAUGUUAUUUUUCACAAAAACUUCAAACCUCCUCCCUACCAACUUUUCUUUUUCCUAAGCGCUGAUCAAAAAUAAAGUGUCGAUAAGUUAAAUUUAAAAAAUGUAAAAUUAUUUAUCUUUUAAAAACAAAUUACAGCUAUAACAAGUACUACUCACAACCCCCCUCUGUUAUAACAAAAAAUUUUUCCAUUGCAAAAAUUAAUUUACGAACAACUUGUGUUAGUAAAACUAUUAAGAAAUUAUAUUCAUUUUUAAUAAUUUAAGAAAUUAUUUAAAAAAACAAAUCCAUAUAAAAAAUUUGUAUGUUUAUUAAAUUAAAUUUCGAUUAUAGUAUAUAAUAUACACAUAUAAAGAAAUAAUCAUAAUAAAAUUAAAUAAAAUUCUUUAAUAUAAUAAAUAAAAUAAAACGAAAUAAAAUUUAUAAACAAAAAACCAAUACAACAACAACAUAAAAUACAAUGAUAUGCUAAAUGCUAGAGAAGAAAAAUAGUAAAUAACGAGUAAAAUAAAUACAUACUUAUUUAAUAAAUAUAAAAAAACGUAAACGAAUAGAUAUUCAAUAGAAAAAAUACACACACACUACACUGUAUCCAAUACGAAUUUAGUAUAAACAAAGAAAAUAUUACUAUAGGCAUUAAAAUUUUAAUGAAAAUCUAAUUUCUAAGGAGAUAGACAUUAUUUCUAAUUGAUAGACAUUAUGUUUAUUUAAUCCGAUGUCAUUAACUCAUCGUGUCUCUAUUUGGAUUGGAAUUUCUUGGGUUAUAUACGAAAGAUCAGUGUUUCUUAUUCUUUCAGCAUAAAAUAUAAGUAGGAUUUUACAAAGGCAACUGUUUACAAAAAACAUAAGUACUAUUGGUGUCCUUCGGUGCAGCAUUCCACUAUUCACUACCGUAAAAUAAUAUAGACUUAACGUUGGAUUUAAAAAUGCAAAGCUUUAAAUUAGUAAACAGUUGUAACAACAGUAACAGUAAUAAUCUCAUACCAAAAUCGUAUUGCCUCCCUAUAGUUUGAAACCACAUGUCUGGUUUGAAAGAACAAGAACAAGUUUGCUUUCGAAACGAAACCCUCCAGUUUAAUGAUUUCGAAUAUAUAUUGUUUAUAUCGCUUUGGGGCUCAUAUCUUUAACAAAAUUACGGUUUAAAUUUUGACAUUUUUCAAAUAACAAAAGACAACUUUUAACUGAUUUUUGAAAAACUGUACCUAUUAUGUUAUUCUAAGAUUUUCAUCAAUAUCCCAGCUAUAUAAGAACGAUUAAUAUUAUAUAGAAAUAUAAGUUACUGAGCCAUCAUACCGUUUGAUAUUAAAGUUGAUGGAAUGUCAAGUCCCCGGUCUUUUAGAAAAAAAAUUAAAUAUGUCAAAAUUUCGCAAUUAUUAUCAAAUUUAUAAUAUGCAAAAUGUUUUCUUCUUUCCGAUUUCGAUGAAACAAAUUAAACUAUUAGAUUUUAAUAUUUUAUACCUUUUCCUUCUCAUCAAAUAAUUUAUAUUGGAAAUAGUGUAGUUGCAAGGAAAAACAAUACAAAAACAAAGCAAAGAAAAAAGCCGUUAGCCUUAGUAAAAGCUUUUCGUGCUCACUUUUUGUUUUUUAUUAUUUUAAAAUCAUUUUAUUAUAAGUAAAUAAUAAAUAAAUAAAUAAUUGUAAUUAAUAUUCAAAAAC